CUGCUUGCAUGAUCAAGGCCGACAAUCCGUCCUCUCAAGCAUUCCUUGCGAACACAAUCCUCCCACAUAAACGCUAAACCCACCGCCAUGCCACCUAAGCGCAUCAGCGGCUCGCGCCGCUCCUAUAACCCGAUUACCAGCGCUUACAAUGCCCUAUUCGUGUCCGAGAAUGCUCCCAUUGUGCGGAGCGUGGCCUUCUUCGGCAUCGCCGUCACGUUCCUUGCCAGCGGCUGGGCCGAGGCCGUCCUUUGCCCCCAGUAACCGCUUGACGGCUUGCCAUAGACGAGAAGCGGAAGGAACAUCCACGCUUGGGCGAAUCCCUGUAUGACAUCGCGAAGGACCUCUGUACGAUACGGAUAGAAGGAAGAGCCGCUCGGUUGCCCGGGAAUAUCGAGCGGUCUCCAUGGGCGGCGUUUGGGGGGAUGCAAUCUCAAUGCUAAUACCGAUAAACUUAUUGGCCUCUG